AUGAGUUACAACCGCCCUCCUCCCAAGGUAGACAGCAUGACCUCUCUGAAGGUGAACAAUCUGAAUUACAACACCUCACCCACCACCUUGUGGAGAGUCUUCAGGAAGUACGGGUCGGUCGGCGAUGUGUACAUCCCACGGAACCGUCUUACUAAAAAAUCUCAAGGCUUUGCCUUUGUCCGAUUCCACAGCAAAUGCCAUGCUGUGAUCGCCGCGAAUGCCGUAAACGGGAUCAUACUGGAUGGCCGUAAACUGAGAGUGCAGAUGGCGCUCUAUGGUAGGGCCCGAGGUCCCCAACAUGGCCGCAGCUCCUGGAGAAGGCCUACCAGCCAGAAGAAACAUUACAGCUGUCUCCCAAAACGUCAAUACCUGUCAAAUAGUAGGAGCCAGAGGCGAAGCCAAAGCCAGGGCCGAAAUCGGGGCCAAAGCCUGGUCCAGGGUCAGAACCAGAGCUGGAGCCCGAGCCAGAACCAGAGCCCAAGACAGACUUGGAGCCGGAGCAGGAGCCAGAGCUGGAGCCAGAGCCAGAGCUCGAGCCAGACCCAGAGCUGGAGCUCAAGCCAGAGCCGGGGUCGUAGCCAAAGCCGAUGUCGGAGCCAGAGCCGAUACCAGAGCCGAUACCAGAGCCGGAGCCGGAGGAGCUGGAGCCGGAGCCGAUACCGGAGUCAGAGCCAAUACCGGAGUCAGAGCCGAUACCAGAGUCGGAGCCGAAGUCAAUGCCAGAGCCGCUGCCAGAGCCGGAGCCGAUACCAGAGCCGGUACCAGAGCCAGAGCCGGAGGAGCCGGGGCCCGAGCCGAUACCGGAGUCGGAGCCGAAGCCAAUGCCAGAGCCGUUGCCAGAGACGGAGCCGCCACCAGAGCCACCACCAAUACCAAUCCAGAUCUCGGUAUGCAUCUCGCUUCAGCCAUGUGAAGUCACCACCUUGCUCUUCUGGUAGAUCUCCACCAAUUUCUACAUCCAGCUCUACCCAAACAUCCAGGUCCAACUACUCUUCAGUGUCCAGAUCUCCCUCCCCAUCCAGUUCCAGGUCAAGAUCCAGAAGCCUUCCACCAAAAACCAAGUAA